AUGGCUCACUCAUCAGUACUAAACCUCACCGCGUUCGGCCUGCUACUCUGCAGAUGUCUAACUCUCGCUUCAGCACUCCCCGAAGAUUGUGCUUCGACCUACCAACAUACCGAGCCAUAUCAACGUCUCUACCAAAACCUGGACGCCCUCAACGGCUCCAACUUUCCCGAUCCUUGCAUUAUCGAAGUCGACAACAAGAACUACCUCUUCAGCACCAAUGACAAACUAUCUCCCACCCCGCUCCGCGUGCCCAUGACCAGCAGUCCGGACUUCAACGAUCCGUCAAGCUGGUCCGAGAGAACGGAUGCCUUUCCCGAGACCAACGUGCCAGCUUUCGGCAGCAAUGGCUGGGCAUCACCUGGAUCAAUAUGGGCACCAAGUGUCCUCCAAAUGGACAACGACUUUAUCAUGUACUAUGCCGCAGCUCUGCAAAGCAACCCUCCCAGCUCCAACAUCCACUGCAUCGGCGUCGCCCGCAGUCCGAACGUCACAGGUCCCUACAACGAUACUUCCCUCGAGCCGUGGAUCUGUCCCGAGUCGCAAGGUGGUGCGGUCGAUGUUGCCGGCUUCCUCGAUCCAUGUUCAGGCAACCGCUACAUCGUGUACAAAGUCGAUGGACCCAUGAUCAACAAUGGAGGGCACUGCGCCUCCAACGCCACACGUCCGAUCUUGUUCCCUCUCGCACAGCAGAAUACCUCCCUCAUGCUGCAGCAGACUGGAAGCGACGGACAUACGCUCAUUGGCCCGGCGGUGCAGUUAUGGGACCAGAUGGGAGAGGACGACAGGUGGCAAGUGGAAGGACCGAGUAUUCGCUACUCGGAGGAUGGGACGCAUUUUCUGUUCUUCAGUAGCGGAUGCUAUAACGACAAUAGCUAUACUGUGAGCUAUGUGACCAGUGUGGAUGGCAUCGCAGGACCGUAUGGAGACAGGCAGAUUUUGUUGCGAACUUGCGAACUGGAGAUUUUGGACUGUAUGGGCCGGGUGGAGUGGAUAUUGCGGUGGAUGCAGUUCUGGGCAAUGCUUGGAACGGAGUCUCUCGGGUUGCACAAGCGGCGCAUGAGCAAGGCGGGCAGCCUGCCAGCUACCACAAUCGCUUCGUCCACGUUCCGCAGCUUUACCGCUUCUUGCAACCGCACAAACUACCAGAAGAAAGGGUCAAGAACUGGAAAGCUGCAAAAGAUUCCAACUAAACCAGCAGCUACGGACGCCGAGGUGCUAAAGGACAUCCGCUGCCCGAUCAACACCAAAAGUCUGGAAUACCUGAGGUACCCGACCUUUAUCAAAAAGCUCCAGAGAGAGAAUCCUGGAGCCGUGCUCACCGAAGAGCAAGCCGGCAGAGCGCUGGCAACGUUCAUUACCAGAGGGAUGCCCAAAAGUGACGAACUCUUCGUGCUGUCCAUUCUUCAAGGCAAGAAGAAGACGGGACCGAGCAGAAACGAGGAGUUCCGGCAUGUCAAGAGGCUGCAAGUGGAGGCUGAGAAAUAUUGGGCUCAACGCGGUGAAAAAGAUGAAGGGCAGAGUGACGAUCAGUCCGUGACCGCCAACAUGCAAUCACUCCGCUACGCCGUCCAUGCCACAGGCCGUCCUUCAGCUGUCCCGGUUCCCUCAUGCCGCAGCUUCGCUUUGUCGUCUGCUUACGGACUACCCCAGAAGCCGCGGGCGAAACGCGGAGUAUCAAAGACACCGGCGACCAAAACAGAGAAUGCAGACCUCAUGAGAGGCAUACACUGCCCGGAGAUUCCCGGAAAAGGCCUGGAGUACGUGACAUUCUCCACCUUCAUGAAGAAGCUCCAGAAGGACCAUCCCGGUGUCAACUUCACAAAAGAACAAGUCGACCUGUUGUUGGCGAAAUUCGUGACCAAAGCCGUACCUGCGGCUUUCGCUGGCCAUGUUCAGUCUGUGUUACAGGGCAAAAAACCGCGGAAGAAUCCAGGUCGCAAGAGCGAAAUGCAACAUGUCCCAAGAUUGCAAGCGGAGUCUGAAAGAUACUGGAACCAGCGCGACAAGGACGAUCGAGGGCGGAGUGACCAUCAGUGA